AGAGAGAGGAGAGGCUGAAUAUUAGUAUUCAGAGCACAGGGAGGAAAGGAAGGAGGCAGCGAGUGAGCAAACGAGGGAGAGUGAAAGGGAGGGGACAGGAGGAAAAAACACGAGGUGGGGAGGAAAAUAUAAAAAGAAGAAGGGGGGGAUCCGAGAGGUGACAGAGGAGAGAGGAGAUAUAUCAGAUUGUCCAUUUCUCCCUCUCAGUCUGUCUUCCCGGUUUGUGGAUAGAGAGGACAGGAAGAGGGCGGAAUGUCCCUUUAGGCGUCGCAUCUGACUAGGACAGCUAGUAAAUCGGAAGCUGAGGACAGCGGGGGUUUCUGCGACGUGAAGAUUUUGUUGGAGGUUUUUCACAAGAACCGCCCAUUCAGACAGAAGCUUCCAGUCCACGCUGAUGAUGCCUCACACCGAAUCCCGUUGGAGCUUUAAAAAACUCAGCUCUGAAAGGAAAGAAUCCUGCCAGCUUUAGUUUUUGAUCUCAAACCCAUCAGGAAAAUAACAGUCUGAAGGUCACGGAUGCACCUGAGAGAAAUCUCCGUGUUCCCCAGACAGAUCUGUUUACAAAGAAGAUUUUAAACGCUGAACGUCCUCGCUCUAGUUUGCAAAAACCAGGAUGAAGAAGAACCCCGGGAGUUGAGCUCAGCACAGAUCCCCUGCUGAGCUCCUUCGUGGUUUUCCUGCAUCGCUGAGGCCCCCUCAGCUUCCUCUGCCUUGUAGUUCCCAGCUGGCACCCUGCCAAAGGUGGACGGGCUGACUCCGUACCUCUGCGUGCGCCGUCCGACACGUGAGGGCGGCGGGAGCUGCGCUGUCAUUGGCUGACUGCUGGUGAGAGUGCGAUGCGGAUUGGAGCAUGUCGGGAGACUGGGAUGACGACCUGUGUAAGAAGGCGCUGGUGUUGGUGGAGGAGCUGUGCUUCAACUCUCCGAGAGGUUACAGCCAGAGCGAGCGGUGCCAGGAGUUCAGCUACCUGAUGAGGGGUCGCAACAGACAGGUGGACACAGAAAUCUCUGUCAGCCUGCUGUCGGUCAUCGUGACAUUCUGUGGCAUCGUCCUCCUGUCCGUCUCUCUCUUUGUCUCCUGGAAGCUCUGCUGGCUGCCAUGGCGGGACAAGGAGGGCGGAGGCCUGAGCCUGACGUCGGGGCUGUUGCCCGGAACCGCUGGAGUUGGGAGCCUUGGAGGACCUGGGGGAGCAUCUCUUCUGCCCCCGAUGCUGCAGAGGAAGGAGGGGCACUCCUCGUCCUCACUCUACCCCUCCCUGGGCCAGCAGGGCCACCCCCAUUUCUCUGACCUAGUGGGGCUGGAGAGGGGGGAUGUUGGGGGAGUAGUUGGGGGAAACGAGACCCAGGAGCACUCCUACCUGGAUAUGGAUUCCUACCCCAACAAUGCUGGAACGCUGAAGCUGAGUCAGACAUCUCCAGACGUCCCCAACUCAGAGGGGGGGACCAACAAAGACCUGCCUAACGCUCACUCUCAGCAGCAGGUCACCUCACGGCCCAAACCCAUGACUCACCAGCUCUCCAGCCCAGAUUUUCAUGGUGAGGAGAAGGAGCAGGUAACCUGCAUCGGGCAGAUCAAGCCGGAGCUUUACAGACCUAAAGGUGAUCAGAGCGAUGGCAAACAGGGCGACACCUGUGGCAAGAUCUGCUUCUUGCUGCGCUACGCCUUCAACACAGAGCAGUUGGUGGUGAAGAUCCUGAAAGCUUUGGACCUGCCAGCGAAGGAUGCCAAUGGCUUCUCUGACCCAUAUGUGAAGAUUUACUUACUGCCAGACAGGAAGAAGAAAUUCCAGACAAAGGUCCACAGAAAGACCUUAAACCCGGUGUUCAACGAGACGUUCCAGUUCGGCGUGCCGCUGAACGAGCUACAUUCCAGGAAGCUGCAUUUCUCUGUGUACGACUUCGACCGUUUCUCCAGACACGACCUGAUUGGCCAAGUGGUGGUGGAAAACCUGCUGGACUUCAGCGAGGACAGCGGGGACAAACCUGUCUGGAGGGACAUCGUUGAGGGCCAUGCAGAGAAGGCCGAUCUCGGGGAGCUUAAUUUCUCGCUGUGUUACCUGCCCACUGCAGGCAGGCUCACGGCUACAAUCAUCAAGGCCACCAACCUCAAAGCCAUGGACCUGACUGGUUUCUCAGACCCAUAUGUGAAGGCCUCUCUGGUAUGUGAUGGCCGAAGGCUAAAAAAGAGGAAGACUUCCAUUAAGAAGAACACCCUGAAUCCUACGUACAACGAGGCGUUGGUGUUUGACAUUCCCAAUGAAAACAUAGAGAGCGUAUCCAUCGUCAUUGCUGUGAUGGAUUAUGAUUGCAUCGGUCAUAACGAGGUUAUAGGAAUGUGCCGUGUAGGCAGCGAGGCUGACGGUCCCGGGAGGGAGCACUGGACGGCCAUGCUAGCCAAUCCACGUAAACCAAUAGAGCACUGGCAUCAGCUUGUUGAGGAAAAAGCAAUUGCAACAUUUGUGUCAAAGAGUCCUGCAGCAUCCUCCCCGAAGCCACAUAUUGUGGUGGACAGCCCCCACUCUGAUUAAAACAGUCAUUAUCAUCUCAACGGCUUCAAACUUUCCUUUUUUUCCUCUCAUCUGUGAAUAAUUCUCUCCAUCAAAGACGGAGACACGCGGAGACACUGCUAGUAUCCAACCGCUAGUGCCGUUUUGCUCCUGCUAAUGAAAAACUCCAACUCUUGUGCUGUCUUUACUGAGCUGGAGAAGAAGGGGGAAAAAAAUCAUCCAUCACGAGUUAUGGGUUGAUCGUCAAACUGCACACGACACACACACGACUGAACCAAUAGAACUGGUGUUACUGGAAAUUUAGCAAGGAGACGCACACACACUUCUAACAUACAUAAAUACACAGAGUUUGUGGAACGUGUGUAGUUUGUGUGUUCUUCAGAUUAGUGUAUUUCAUCUAGAACUUUUAUUUCUAGAAAACACGAAGAAGAGGAAGAAGAAGGAGAAAAAAGGAUAAAGAAAGCCAUCACAGAAUGGUUAUUUCAGUCAGGACCAAAGUUUCACACUCGUACAGACUACGAAGACGAAGUUGUGUGUCAGGAGUUUUCUUUGCAGCAUUAGUUUACAGGAGAUGCUGCGCUGUACAGGAAAAGCAUCUGACCUGGUACCUAACUGGACAAAACAUCUUUGGUGGAUUCUCCAAGCCAACUGGACCCCUUCUUCUGGGUGUGCACCCUCUGUUUUCAGAGGAAAGACGACAGUUGGCCGUUAUUGAUGUCAAACGAGUGAAAAAUGAGGACAGACUCACUGGUCUCAGCAUGUCAUGCUACCUUGAAAUGUGUCCCUCUUCAUCACGUUCCGUCCCAGUCCUGAUGGGUCUCAUUAGUAUUUUUUAAUUAUAAUUUUACGCUCUUGUGUGUGUGGUAGAAUGCACAAACAUCUAAUAGGAAGGAAGCGCAUUCAUGCCGUCCACUGAGGAUGAGAUGGUGUGAGCGUCUGAGGGACCUGGACAGUUAGAUCCUUCUCGAAGGGCCAGACUUUUCCUGAUGCAGGACUAAUCAGGUUUAGUCAGACCUGUGUUUGGAAUUGGACCUGCACCUGCUGGAGAGAGGAUGUCUCCCGCAAGGCACCGAUGUCACCACCCUGUUAGUUUUCUAUCAUUCCAGGACUUAAAGUUUUGGUUUACUCAAGAAAAAAAAAAAGAAUAUCAGAACGGAGUCAUUGCCAUGCUUUAAAUGAUAUUUUAUUUUUUGUCUAGAAGCCUAUAUCAUGUACCUGACAGGACUCCAGAAGGACACACACGUCCGUGUUGCUCUUAUUAGUGAGUGUUUCUGUGUUUGUGGGCGUUUGUUUUGUACUUGUGUGAGUGUGUGUGUGCCUGUGAGUCACUGUGACCGUGUGUGUGCAUCACACAUAUCUGUGCUCGCCUCCUUCUGCAUCAUUUUUCUGUCUUCACACCGAAAUGCGGGCAUCCACGAACUAAAAAAGCUUGUCUUAGAGCCAAACCUGUCUUCUGUCUCGUGUCUUUAAAGGGAGCCAUUCAGUGUGUGUGCGUGGGUGUGUGUGUGUGUGUGUGUGUACUACUUGUGCCUCAUUGCACUAGGUGGGAGAACACUGUCUCUCAUAGACAUUGGUUUUUAUUGUCUAUGUUGUCUCUGAAUCAGCUACCCUCCUCUCCUCCUGAACCCUUUGCCUGAUGUAAGUAACCGUGUUGAUCGUGUACUCCUUCCACUAAAUUUGUGUACUGUAUGUUGGAGGGAACAUCCAGAUGGGACUGAAAAUGACAACUGCUGGUGUGUUUUGCUUAUAUUUGUUAGAAGAAACUCAACGGUUAAGAAAAAAAACAACAACUAAUAAAAUAAAAACGUGUCUUUUACAGCCAAUGACAAAAUUAGAUCCCCGGAAAGAAAGUCAGCAGGGAGGAGGCGUGGUGACAAAGCAGGCGCCUGGGAUUCCUGCCCUUGCCGUGUAAAGCGAUACAGACGUACAAAGCCAUGCCUGUCGCUGCUAAUAUGACUGGAACCUCAGCUAAACAGUACUACACCUCACUACAGCUGCCGCUAGUGUUGCCACUUUCCUGUAAUCCUCUCACACGCUAACACACUUUUGCACGGGAGAGUGUUUGGAGAGGGGAAGCUGGCUUCUUUCUUUGUCUCUGGAUCAAACAAGCAGACACACCAGGUUACGCGCUGUAUUGAGACAGAUGCGGGAUGAUCGAUCAGUUUGUGUAAAUCAAUUUCCCAUUGAUUUAUUGGUCCAGAGGUCCCUUUAUUCUCCUUUCCCCAGCUUUUUCCUCCCUGCUCGUGUCGACCCCGUUUAGCUCUCAUGUUGUGAUAUAUUACAAAGCUCAUUCCCUUCUUCUCUUCCUCCCCCCGUCAGCAAUCCCACCCUCACCUUUUUCUGUUGCGUCUGUCCGAUUACCAUCUGAUUACUCAUUUUCUCCUUCUCUCCUCCAGCCAUCCUCCCCCUUUCCCCCUCGCUCGUCCAUUUCCCGCUCUACUUUCCUUUCUCCCCCAGUCCUCCUUCCAGCUCCCACAUCCCUCCAUCUUGUCGGCUUUCUUUUUCUUUGCAAACCCACUCCUCCCAUCACCUCCCCACCCCCCUCUUGCUGUCCCCUCUUGUUCGUGCAGUCCUGAAUGGUCACGGGGAAACAUGUUUGCAUGCUUAUAUUAACAUGAAUGAUGUCAACUUGAUGCAAGAAAAAUUAUAUAAGUGAUGCUUUGAGCAAAAUCUGACGAUGAACUUGAUACUAAUACUACUAAUGACGACGCAAACGAGACCUAGGAGUUGUUUGUCUUUGUUGUCGCAAACAACAAUGAUGAAUUGUUUAUGCUGUGUUGCUCUCUCUCAAAUUGGUAUUCUCUUUUGAUUUCUUUUGGAUUUUUUUUUUAUAUGUAACUUAUUCAAGAAGUUUACUUUUUUAUUAGUUAAUGGUGAGAAUUUGAUGGAGGGAUCCAGUCGGGGUGAUUGUUUCAGUCAGGUUCGAUACUUCAGGUAACAGGAUGUUGGUGAAUGUGUAAGUGACGGUGUGGCUGAAGCAAUCAUGAUGGAAAUAAAGGAUAUGUAACAUCCA